CGUUGUGUCAAUAGCUUCACUUGGUUUAACGCCAGUAGUCUCGUCAACUGACGUCGUACCACCAGGAGGCAUAUCUCACCAGAUUAUGCUGAUAAAGGAAAGCAAUCUACAAAGCAAUGGUCUUUUGGACUGGAUAUUGAUAUAGAACUGCCAGUCAUUCAUAUGUGUGAUGUGCAAUGAUCCAGAAAUUACAUUUGGAUCGAAUUUAUGAAGACACCAUAGGCCUAUAACAUGGAUAACAAUGUACAAACACCAACACGUUAUGAAACCACGACAAACCAUGAUGUAUAACAAAAAGCAAGGGAGGUAGUUCAUUGGUAGUAGCAAUAUGAGAUUUAAUUGGUUCAGGCAUUUCACGACGUCAAUCGUCAUAAUUUUGAACUUUGACUUAUUGGCUGUUUGCGGAAGUGACGUAACCGGGACAGAAAAUGUGACAGAACACGACGUGUCCGUCCACGUGGCUGGAUGGAAUUUUGCUUACGUGGAAUUACCGCUGCUAGUUUGCCUUUUCUUAUUUGGCUGUGCCAUUAGUAAAAUAAUCUAUCACCAUGCCAACUUCCUUGCCUCUUGGAUACCAGAAUCAUGUAUCCUUAUUCUGCUAGGUGUCAUAACCGGUGUCAUAUUUUUUUUGACUGAACACGAUGAGCUCAAUCGUGUCUUCACCCCAACAACAUUCUUUCUUUACCUGCUUCCGCCAAUCAUUUUAGAAUCAGCCUACAGUCUACAUGACCGUACAUUUGUCGACAACCUUGGUAGCAUCCUGUUGUUUGCUGUCGUGGGUACGGUCCUUAAUUGGGCCAUCAUCGGCCCAGCGUUGUAUAGUCUCUCACUGUCUGGUGCCAUGGGUGAGAUUAACAUAGGGCUCGUCCAAUGCCUCACGUUCAGUGCCUUGAUAGUUGCUGUUGAUCCAGUUGCCGUUAUAGCCAUUUUCCAAGAUAUUGGUGUCAACAAUAUGCUUUAUUUUCUCGUGUUUGGAGAAUCUCUUUUAAACGAUGCUGUCACCGUUGUGUUGUACAACAUGAUGAACACUUUCGUGCAGAUGGAUUCUAUACCCCUGGCUGAGAUUGGGAAAGGCUUUGCAUCCUUCUUCACAGUCAGUCUUGGUGGGCUUGUAAUUGGUCUCAUCUUCGGUUUGGUGACUGCUUUUCUGCUAAAAUUCACGUCGGACGUGAGAGUUGUGGAGCCUUUGUUUGUCUUCAUAUUAGCUUAUCUAAGCUAUCUUGUUGCCGAGCUGUUCCACUUAUCAGCAUUGAUAAGUUUGAUUGCCUGUGGUAUCAUGCAAGCUCAAUACGCAUUCCAUAACAUUUCACACAAGUCGUAUACCACCGUCAAAUAUUUCAUCAAAAUGAUGAGCGCCAUAAGCGAAGCUGUGAUAUUUCUUUUUCUGGGGAUGGCUCUGGUUAAGGCUGACCAUGAGUGGCAUACUGGGUUCGUCCUAUGGACGCUGCUGAUUAUAUUCAUCGUCAGAUUCUUUAGUGUUUUUUUGUUGACCUUCAUCGCCAACAGUUACAAAGGCAGAAUGAGGAAAAUCAAUCCGCACGAACAGUUCAUAAUGGCGUAUGGCGGUCUUCGAGGUGCUGUGUCGUUUUCCCUAGCAGCUAUGUUACCAAGCGGUAAAGCGUUUCUACCACAAAGGGACCUUUUCCUCACCACCACACUUGUAGUUGUCCUCUGCACCGUAUUCAUACAGGGCAUUACUGUGAAGCCACUUGUCCAACUGCUGAAGAUAAAAAAAGCAAACAUAGGCUGUCUCAGCGUAUCACAGGAGGUCCAUACUCAUGUCCAAGACCACAUGAUGGCCGGUAUUGAAGAAAUCAUAGGUCGGCGAGGAAACAACUUCUGGAGGACGUUUCUAGACCAUGUGGACGAGAAGUAUCUGAAGUCGUGGUUACAGAGGGAACCCAUGAGGAAGGUCGAUAAGAUCAUGGCAACCUAUGAAAAGAUUGCACUAAAACAACACUUCGCAAGCUUACCCGGGUCGAAGGUGGCUAAUGAUUUCUACAUCCAACAGCAGGAGAAAAAGAAGGAGAAAAUUUGCCAAGCUAUCGCAGGUGCCAAUCCGCCGGAGUUUGCAGGAGAUGAUGGUACUCCAUUCAGACCGCGGGCCAAGACCAUUGGCCAUGCGCCAGCAACAGAGAAAACACCAAUGAUCAGGAGAAGAUCACGAAUUGGGCGGCACCCCCGGUCCUAUUCGACGAGGAGGUCAGCUCCUGCAGAAGAACCAAUCGAUAAAGAUGAACUUAGGAAGAUAUUAUCAUGGAGGCCCGCUGCAGACCUUCAUCAGACAUUUGAUCGUAACCUGUACAGCGAAGACGACCAGGACUUGGAACAGCAGCUUCGGUACAAGCGCAUGCUCGCCUCCUGGGCGCUGCGAUCAUACAGCACCACACAGGCACCAGAGGAAGACUCCUACCCCAACAACAGUAACCAGGAACGGAAUCCCCGCUCAAGGAAUCGUGGGGCACCAAAACCUGCCCUCUUCAGGAUGAACACCAUGCCUACGCAGGACAACAACCAGACAAAUCGCUCAAUACACCCGAGGUCGAUGUCAGUUGAUGUCGCGCCUGCGUUCGAGAUGGACUACUUGGGAACGGUUGAGGACAAUGGUAAUGUGAACGAGGGGUGUGUGUUUUCAGCUAUUGCUGAAGAAAAUGAGGCUGAGACUAGUAUCGAUGUAAAAUUGUGAUAUUUACAUCAUAUUAAAGACUAUUUUUUUAAAACACUUUCAUUAAGCUUGAUCCCAAGAUAUAUUGUAGCUGCAUGGCCGACACCGUUCGUUAAAUAUUUGAAAUUUGUAAUUGAAUUUGAAAAUUUUCAAUAGCGUAAAUACGCACUUAAUACGUACUAAAUAUGAAUUUCCUCAUUGCCGUUGUGUAGAUAUACAAAUACUGUAAAUAGCAAGUUUGAAUUCGUAUUACAUAAUAACUACUGCCUUUCCGUUUUUCCUGGACGACCAGUAGUUGCGAACGGCGUACCUCUUUAAGAGAAAAUCAGGGCUUGCGAUGUGUUGCUUUUCAUACGGAAUUGGGCUCAGCCGGAGACCGAUCGCGAUUACUCUAAACAGGAUCACUGAAAACCAUUAAAACUGAAUACAGUUUGCGCUUAGUGUGUAGAGUGCACGUACGAUUAUCUGAAAUUGGCAAAUGCUAAGUCCGAAAUCGCCUGCAAACAUACGAAUGAUAAUUAAGUUGCUAGAGAUCAUCAUUGAGUAAUCAUACGUUGGUAGAGCAUGAUGGCCAUCAUAUAACCCCAGGAUGGGAGAAAUGAAGUUCGGGACAAAUAAUGUUCGCCAGCUAGGUGGUAAGGAUUUUGAAAUCUUGAAAUCUUUUGUCGACUUGAUCUUCUAAAAGUUAUCCGGAAGGAUCGCCAGAUCUACUUUGUCAUUUAAAUAAAUAAACAUCUUGGAAUUAUCGGGAGGUCAACUUACCCAUCUCCUUUCUCAAUAUCUUCAAAUGUCUGGUUGAGGACGGUGAUUUUGGUCGAUUGUCCGCCAUUUUUACCGGCUGAUAUUGUUGCCAGCUACGUAUGCUUUGGUAUCUUACGUGUGCUAUGAUAUUCAUCAUACGGGGUGGUUGUAAAAUACAUGUACGUACAUGUAUUUGGAAUGGCGGUAAUUCAUAAUUUAUUGUAUAUGAAUAUUGCGGAGGACAAUGAUAUUGUAUGAUUUUUUUAUCUCUGACCUGCUUUCUUUCGGGUGGGCUUAUAAAAACAAUUUCUAAUACAAUUGCAAACACUUCGACUUGCAAAUGUUGUAAACAUUGUAUGUCAGGUAUCGAUAUCAUCUACGAAGGUAGAUGUAUAUACAUGUAUACUUUAUAUACUGUAUGUAGUUUCAGGAGUUCAGGUCAUUUUUCUCUUGUGGUGAGAAAACCAAAAUGUAAUGGUCGAAAAAUGCAAUGAUUUCGCCAAAAAAGUGUGCCGAAGGUUCGGUGUUAACUGUCAACUAUGACUAUCCUGGUUUUUUUUGCCUUGUCGGCAUAUUCAGUAAGAAGAUACUAUUGGUAAGGAAAAGACUAGGAGUGGUCGAGGAUGGGAUUAAAGGGAAGGGCCCGCCACAAAAUGGGGAGUUUUGGACGGCCCGGUCAAAACCUUAGGCGGGAAUAAGGUUUCAUUGAUAAAUAUAAGGAGUUUCAAGGACCCCAAAACACUUGCAAGGUUUAAGAAAUACUGGUCUGUCAUUGGUUCAUGUUUUCUUAUCAUCAACAUACUCUCAUCUUGAAAAAUAAGACAAUAUUUACGACCAAUGCGACCAAUUUUUACAUUAAUUUUGCAACAUUAUCGUUAACGCGCCCCUUACAGAUUCGUAAGGUACUACAUGUACAUGUAUUUGGAUGUUUUGCGACAAACUGCUUAGUCUAGUUUCUUCGCUUGCGUAUAAACGAAUAAGUUACACUGCCGUUCCUUACUGUUGGAAUCGAAGGAGAGAGGAUAGGCCUACUAUAUUCAUCUGAUGUUGCUAAGUUCUUUUUUGGAGUCUUCAAGGCCAAGCCUUCCGCUGCCAAACACAGUAGGCUAUCCCGAUGAAAACUGAUGCGCCCGGGUAUGUGUAACGUUACUCAUGAAAGCAUACAUCACAUACACGGCGUUUUGUCUGGUAUCGCUAUAUAUAUCAUGUUCGUAUCGUAAUCAGUCCUCUUUCUAAGGUUAUUUGGUUUCCAUGGUUUCCACGUCCCCACCCGACUCAAAGUCCAUAUAUAUGUACUGCUAUUCUUUGCAUUCUCCAUCUUUUCUGUGCUAAAACAUCACUUCUAUUACUAUUGACGAUGUAACAUGUCCUAACUGCAUUCCGCUAUCAUCGCCGAUUUUAUUUAUAUACCAGAAGACUGGCCUCUGUGUAGCCGAUUAUGUAACACAUAGUGGAAACAGCUGACAGCACCCAGGGGAUCCACGUGCUACUCGCGAAUUUUCAACUCGUAGUAAACAAAAAGUUGUAAAGUUAUGUAAAUAAGCUUCCUUAUAUGGAACUAGUGACGUCACACAGUAGUUUGUAAUUUCGCUACAAAUGUCACUACUGCUCUCGGUUGUAAGACGAUUCAAUCUCUUUAAGUGGGUAUUGAAAAAAUUAUGUAAGGUAUAAUAUAAUUUUUUUAUUAUAGCCUACUCAAGAUAUAGCAAUUUUACUAACCUUACUUGAUAUCAUAUAUAAACAUCUCAACAAAUUGUCGUAAUUGUACAUGUAAUGUAAUGUAAAUAUGCAUUUAUAUAGCACACGUUCCAGGUCGUAAUGAUUUGCUCACAUGCGCUUUAGGCUGAAGUUACAUAGACCUCACGUUUCAUCGACUCACGACUCAUUUGUCACUUGUCAUUCGUGACCAGAUGAAUGGACAUUGGAAAACCUAUUGACCUGUUCUCAUUGAAGUGAAUUUUGUAAGUUUUGCCCGCAUUCGUCGUCUCACGUCAUUUCAUGUCAUUUCACGAGUGAGGCGAUGAAUGGACAUGUUCAUUCUUUGUGAAAUGAGCUGGCAAAGAAAGUGGACGUCCAUGUGCAUUUGUAGUGAUAUCGCCUUCGAGUAUAGCUACUUUUCGGCAUUUUCAUUAGUUUACACAUUAAUACAAUAGCUAAUUUCGAUUGGAAAUGAGAAACAAUAACAAAAAUGCAGCACUUUUAUGUACCACAUUGUUCUCGUCCGUCGCCUCCGCUUUCGUUUUCUAUUCUCCAUCAGGAGCAGCAUGGCUGCCAGCUCUUCUUCUUCUGAGUCCUUGUGCGUCGCCGAGAAAAUCCAAGUGACAAAUGAACGAGCGAAAAGUGAUCUGUAUGUAAACCGCCGCGGUCACUCGUGACAAAUGAGGAGUGACACGUGAAAAUGAGCCGUGAGUCGAUGAAAAAUGUGGCGUGAGUAGCUCAUUCCUAUGUAACAUCAGCCUAACCAUUGACCCAUAUGCCCGGGUGAAAAGCACAGUCUAUAGUUGUCUCCCCUUUAUGGGUUGGUUUGUGACGUUUAGGGAGAAUAAUCCUCCUAACUUUGCAAUCCAACGUGGUAAUCCAUGGGUGAUUGGUGGUGAUCACAGUAUUGCGUAACUGGAUUAGGCGGUCUCUGGUGUACACAAUGUUCUGCAUUGUUGGUUAUUUUGAAUAAACACCGGAGUGUAUGUCUUGUACAACCACAAUACAUGUAUAUAGUAAAGCUAUAAAAGUGCAACCAUAAAAUGA